AUAACAGAGAGCCGAGCAACAGGUGCACUCACGCCUUUUGAGGUCAUUUAAACAUUUGUCUUAUAUUAUGUGAACAUGUCGCCUUGGCAUAAGAAAAAUCAGGAAGUGAAGUACAUAUAUGACUUGCCAUAUACGGAGAGGAAGCUGCUGUGCAAUAUUCUGGACGUGAAUAAUGUUUGGGAGAAAUUAGGGGGCAAGUACAUGGGCUUCUCGUGGAGUGACUUGGACGAAUUCCGAAGAGCUGAGCGAUGUGGAGAGUCCCCGACAAACAGGAUGCUACAGGCAUGGGGGCAGCAGAACCAUACCGUUGCAGACCUCUUCAGCUGCUUGUUGCAAAUGGAGCACUUCCAGGCCAUGGGCGUUCUGAAGCCAUGCAUUCCAGCCAAGUACCACGUCCUCUUUGAUGAUGCCGAGACUCGGCUGACUGCCAUGUUCGUGGAAGAUAGAUCUACCAUUAAUGUGGUAACGCGGCGGUCCGAAGCCAUCGAAAACAGCCGGCACUCCCCCAAUGGAUUUAUGCAUGCUCCUGCUCCCGUUUCCUCUGCCCCCUCCUCAGCAGUAGCGCAUGGGUAUGGCAUGCGCAAGCAAGCAGUGGUAAAUCCGGCUCCUCAAAUGCAACAGAUGCAGCAAGUGCGGCAAGAAUCAGGUAUGUCUGCCCUUGGUGCUUGUGCUCUGAGCGGCUCCUUGUCACACAAAUACAACCCAGAAAACCUAGACCACGGGAAUUCGCGAAUCAGCCACCAGCCAGCGUCGCCUAAAGUCCCGGAGACGUUACUCAACCCCAAGCCAAGUGCCCCUACUCUAGGCAACAUGCGUCCUAUGGUACCCAUGCACCAGCAGCCAGUGAUGCACAUGGAGAAGAAAAUCAACAAUGAUGAAGCCCUUGGCAUAUGGGGUGAAGUAUCCUGCGAUGACAAUAACAAGUCUUUGCCCAAGUAUGACUUUGAUCAGGAAUAUGCCGACAGAGUUGCAAGGAAACUGGGGAUAGAUGGAAGGGAUCAGUUGAGAACGGACAGCAAUAAUGGCAUCGUGCCGCAUCACCCUAGAAGGAAAGAAGAGUCCUUGGGCCUCGGAUCGUCUCCUGGGCAAGCCAGUUCAUUACCCCAAGCCCAGGCCGCAGAGUUGAACGGGAACGAACGGCUGCGGAGAAUAUCCUGUAAUUCAGAUACUGCAAAUGAGUGUAAUGUACCUGUGAUCCCCUACAAGGAGCUAGAAGAAGCCACAGCAGUAUGGAACACAGAUAACCUCCUGGGACGUGGCGGCUUUGGGACUGUUUUCAGGGGCACUUGGAAGAACACCCAGGUGGCCAUUAAAAGGAUUGACCCGCAAGGGAAUGUCGCACUAGAUAGCAAGCAACUACAUGUUACACAGAGUUUUGACGAACUAAAACGUCUGCAGUCCUAUCGCCAUGAUAACAUCUUACAGGUUUAUGGCUAUUCAGCAGAUCCAGAUCAGCCUCUGUGUUUGGUGUAUCAGUAUAUGCCAAAUGGUUCUGUAGAAGACAGAUUGCAGUGUAGGAGGAUCGGAGGAAGUCCCACGAAAGCUCUCACGUGGUGGCAGCGGUACAGAAUAGCCUGGUGCACGGCCAGAGGGCUCCAGUAUCUCCACACCGUUAAAGACAAACCGUUGAUCCAUGGAGAUGUUAAGAGUGCGAACAUCUUAUUAGACCAGAACUACGAAGCAAAAUUAGGAGACUUUGGACUAGCCAGGGAAGGGAAGAGCCAAGUCACAAGUAUGAAGGUGUCACGAGUUCAUGGAACCAAACCGUACCUGCCAGCUGAUUACCUAAGGUCAAAGAAACUAUCAGUUAAAGUGGAUACGUACAGUUACGGCAUUGUGCUCUUCGAAUUGUGCACAGGUUUGAGGGCCUACGACGAGAAGAGAGAGAGAGGAAAGUUUCUGAAAGAGCUCGUGGAUGAUACAGCCAAUGAAGAAACACUACGAGACAGAAAUGCAGGACCCGAGUUAGACGGAGAAGUUUUCAAGAUGCUCUUCAAGCUUGGAAGGGACUGUGUGAAGUUAAUUUCAACUAAACGGCCAGACAUGACAACGGUCUUCAAGGAAUUGGAAAGCUUUGGUCAAGUACUCGACAGGAAUGCUCAAGCAAGAAAAAUAUCCUUAGGCGAAACAAGCUCAGGAGCCACAACGCCAUACAUGCUGCAGAUCUUCCACGACACGGCUGGGUCGAUGCCGUCCCCGUCUGUGUCACCGUCAACGCAGCCUUCCCUUGCGGCUUCAACUAUACCAACUUAUCCGUCUCCCUCUUCCCCUUCCUUCUUGCCACCGCACUCGCCGGUUCCCUCUGUUGUGCCAGGGAGCUCAGUCAUGCCUCACUAUCCACAACAUCCCGCGGUGUUUCCUAAUGGUCCAAUGCUAGUCAACGGAGGAGUCCCUUACCGAAAUCAGUAUCCCCAUGCAGGAUCACCAGCCUGGAAGCCAGUUGUUGCAGGUAACUUGUAUGUGCCUCAGCACGGUAUGCCUGUCCACAUGCCCCAAAUAAACGUGAGUCCGCCUAAAAACGACAGUGCCGGGCAGGAUCCACCGAGUUACAGUGAAACCAUAAUGAAGAAUCCUGGUGGUGGUGCCAUGGGAGGGGCAUGUCCCGUGUCUCCACUGUUGCCCCAGGUUUUGGCCCUAGAUAUAAAUGCUAAGUACUCGGGCAAUACGACCGCCAGUUCUGUGUCCUCGGAAAGUGACUAUGGCAGUUCUGAAUCAAGCAUGAUAGCCACCACCACACACAAUUUGGGUUAUGCAAAUGGCUACUAUAAUCCUGGAGGUGCAGCAGCAGCGCCUGUUAUCCCAACAGUAGUCCACCCGGCAGCCCUUGCCUAUAAUGACAACAAUCCGGGAGUUGCAAUAACUCCCUUAAUCACCGAACUGGGUAUGAAGUCUGCUGAACAACCUACUCUGUCAGAGUCUUCCUCAAAAUUGCCAUCUGCUGUUGGGAAGAAGUCAUUUUUAUAGUUUGCAGGAAACUCAUGUUUUACUGUUCAAAUUCAGCACUUAUGCAGUGCUCAUAUCUAGUAUAGUGAAGCUUUUUGACAGAUUUUAAAUAUUAUUUAUAUAAGAAAUUCUUGAAGUUGCAUAGACAUUAGAAAUUCAAGACAUAGGAGUUUAAAUAAAAAAUAGUUUUAUUUAUCUAAAUAGAUUUUUUUUUUUUUUUUUUAAAUAAUUGAUUUCAGAUGGAUAAUCUGUAAAACUAAGGACUUGUAUGGAAGGUAAAAAUGUUUCCUCUCGACAGACAGAUAUAUGUCCAGUAACUGAUUUUCAGUUAUGGCAGUUUCCUUCCUAUAGUUUAAUACAUACUUUAGCUAUGUUGAAAAAAAAAGAAGAUAUUGAAGCAUGUUACUUUUAUAUGUGCAUUACUCUUUUAAUAAAGCUGACUUGAAUAUUAGGAUGUUAGGUAAUCAGGUAAACAUACUCAUACCUGUUACAUUCAUGCAUAUAUUUUUAUGUAUAAUUACCAUUAAAACACAUUAGAAUCUGUCAACCAAACUGCUAAAGCUACCAUAGCCUGCUUGACUACCUAGUUCACCUCAUGAGAAGUCUGAAUCCUGGAAGGGCAGAUGUACAUUCUCUCGUCUUUGCUUAUCAAACAAUAGCUUAGCUUUCUUCGUCACAAACGUAUUCAGUUGCUUUGUUAUAAGACCUAGAUUCAGUCCUGGAGUAAGCUGAAUAAUGUACUGUCCUUGUGUAUAUAUAUUUUUUUUUGUAAUUGUUCUAGGUAUACAGUAAGGUCAGUUUUGUAUUGAUUAGAAGUAAUUGCUUUUGGAAGGUAUGGAGACUUUUUAUCUUUAUAGAUUUUGAGAAAUGUGGUUGAGUAAUCUUGUUACUGAAUUAUGUAGAGUAAUUUCUUCAUAUAGGUAUGUAUAGCUGCAUGUAGGUUAUUUACAUUUGUAAUGUAUAGAAAUUGAUAGGUGUAUUUCAUCCCCUUCAUAUAUAAUUUGUUAUACUUUUAUAUAAAUUCAUUUUGUGCAGGUUACAAAAUGCUUUUUUUUGUGAUAAAUUGUUAAAUCGGUCUGCUAGGUUUUGAGGUAAAGGACUUCCUCAUCUUUUCUCAUGUUUGUUAAAUGAACAAUGAUCUAAUGUGUACAGGUGCUUCCUUGAUUUUUGGUUUGAUUAUUUAUAUAGCAGCGGUCAUAUGAAAUGGUUUGUUAUGGAAUUUUUGUUGUUUUAUAACUGAGAUAAGAUAUAUACUGAAUAGGAUUUUACGCCUCUGUGAAUCCAUUUACAAAAUAGAAAGAGGAAAUAUGGAACACUUAGUGGAAAAUAAAAUAGCAAGAAAGGGCAGGGUGAUGCAGUGUGUUACAAAAGGGGUUGGGGGUAGUACAAAUGAUAUUAAUUUAGGACCUUUGACCUAAUUACAAGUUUCUUUUUAUACUUUUAUUUUUUUUCCUCACUUGUCUUCUUUGAUGGCCUUCUCUGCAUCUUACACUAUACUUGUAUAGUGCAGUGCAAAACAAUAUUGCAUCAUAGGAUCUGUUUCUUUGGCAUUUAUUUUCACCUAAUACUUGUAAAAGGAAGGGAAGGAUUUAUGAAUAAAAUUAUAAUAAACUCUAUUAUAGUUCCUCCAGUUCUACUAAGCAGGUACUUGAGAACCAUUUUCAUCAGAGAGUGAAGAUUGUUGCAGCAACUGAUGAUGCUUCUCUAAUGAAGGAUGACUGAUGUAAAAUUAUGAUUCUGCAGGCAUGUUAGAGUUGCUAGUUGGGAAAUGAGUUGUCAGAAGCAUGUGUGUGGUGGUAGUACUGAAGCUCUGUCUUCCAUCCACUAAGCUCACCAGCCAUUUCUGGUUAAUCUAUUGACCUCAUUUGAGUAAAGAUGUAAAAGUAAUUUGCAAUCUCUGAUCUCAAAUGGUUUGUCACGGUCUUCUGUAACCUCAACCUAGACAAUAUAUUUGUGCUUUCUUGACCAUUACCUCCUUUUUUCUUAUAAGGAGAAACGACUAUAUUUCAGACUUGAAUUUGUCAAGGUAUAACGUAAUUCUAUUUGGUGGAUACUUAGUUUGGAACUAAGAUAUAAACAGAAUUCUGUUUGGUAGAUGAGUCUGUCAGUGGAUAGUCACACAAGUAAUGGUGCAGGUUAGUGUUUAACCUAUCUUUAACCCUUUGCUGUCAUUGGCAUAUGUGUACAUGCCGUGGUAUGCCGGUUCUGUUUUCCGGCGGCAUAUAUGGUCAUGCCACACAGGCUAUGGUGGUGACACGAUCCCCUGGCAAUGGGAUCCGGUCCACCAUGAAUACAGCCCUGCAGAGAGGGGUUUUGCAUCGGGAAACCAACUGGUAGCAUUGGUUGAUCUCAAGUGCUCUUUUUGUAUGCCUCUGAUUUUCAUUUCCCACAUCAACCACAUUUUUUUUUUUAUGAGUGUAGAUAUAAUUGCCUUUAAAAUGCUCAGUAGAUUAGAUUAGAUUAGUCUGAAAGGUCUGUAAGACCAUAGUGAUUUCACAUCAGUUGAAAGUACAGUAAUAUUUAUGCUUAUGGUGCCUGUAGACUUUAGAGAAAAAUAUAUCUGGAUCUCCAUCUAUUGUACAUCCUUCAGGCAGCAUCAAUCAGUUGCACAUUAUUGUAUUAGACAUUUUUCAUCCUAGUGGAUAAAUGUACAAACCAGACAGUAGACAGGAACAAGCCUUUACAUUAUACUUGCAAAUGCUGUUAUAUUACAGAAUGGUAUACUCUUUUCUUUUAUAAUUGGUUCUGAAUUUAUAUACUGAAUGGGCCAAUAAUAUGCUUACCUGCCGGAGUCCUAUUAGUUCAAAAAAAGGUAUUUGAGAAAAAUGUAGAUGCAUGAGAACUGGGUAAUUUAAGAAUAUUCAUAGAACAUUAUUUAGUAGUUGACAACCAGCAAGGGUUUAUACUUAUUAGCUUAGCAUGUGUAGGAUAAUAAGAACUUGAUUAUGAGAGAGAUCAUGUAUACACCCUUAAAUUAUUUUAAGAGUGGUGUAGGAGUAGAGUUUUGAUAGGAAAUCUGUUCCUUUUCUGGAGAGUUUAUUGGAAUUUAAGGUAUUUUAUAAACCAAAAUAUAAGUUUUAGGUAUUUGUGUUUUGUUAGGAGACGAAAGUAUUCAAACAUUUUCUGUGAUACAGGCAUGAUGAAAGUCAAGUACGUCAUAUUCUUUUUAAAAAAUUGUCAGAUAGCUGAAGAAUUCACAAAUAUGGUUUGCUUUCUGCGCAAUUCUUCAACGUUGGGUCUCGCAAAACUGAAACUAUUGCUCAUUUGUUUUUGUUUUUUUGUAAUAUUUGAGAAAAUAUAUUUUUAAGUGCCAAAUAAUAAACCUAUAUUGUUACUGUGUAUACAUAAUUUGACUAAAAUAAAAUGAUUAUAUGAA